AUGGGUCGCAAACCAAAUGCGCUGAUAAUUCAGCACUUCGAAAGAGGAGCGAAACUCAACGACUCGAGCAAUCGGUACGAGCAUACCUGCAGAUCCUGCGGCGAAAAGUUCCCCAAAGGUCGUAUUGACAGCCUCACCUCUCACCUCAUCAAAAAAUGCCCCGCGUUGUCCGUCCAGGACCGGCAGAAGGUCCUACUCGAAAUGAAUAACCUUCCACACUUGCCACAAGGCGCUCAAGGCGAAGGCUUGAUGAAUGGCUCUACCAGAGAUCUGCCAAUCGGCCAGCCUCCUCAAGACAAUUGGUCUGCUCUGGGAAUUUUGGCUGAGGUAGCUAGGCGGAAUGAUACACAUGAGAAGCAUGAUAAUCGGUCUGCGAACAACUCGGGUGUCUCUGGAGGAGGCCACAAUUCUGAGCCACAACGGCAUCGGCUCGAGAUUCAAGAGCAUUACACACAAGAGAACCCCCCUGUCAGUUACGAGCAGCGUGUCCAGCACGGUAGAAAGUUGGGCAAAACCAACCACUACGACCAUAACCAGGACCGUGAGAGCUCGCUUGCUCCUGCAAGCUUCGCUGCCCAUAUGCCUGAUGCUCGCUCUGUAACGCCUAACUUGGUAAUGGCAACGAAUGCAACCAAUAUAGCAGCAGCUGCCGCUCGCUUUGUGCCAUCGAUGGUCGAUCCCCAGCUGCUUGGAGACGAUAUGAACCAACACAACAACUUGCCACAAGUGAAGUGUGAGACUCUGACAGAGGCGAAUUCCCCCUAUGAUGAUCACAUGUAUCACAAUAUUCCGGGCGAGUCGGUCAUGCAAUGGCCGAUGCUUGACGGUUCUGGUGUUAAUGUUGGGCAUUACGAGGCCGAUCACAUCGAACAAGAUAUGCGGCACGCAGAGUCACCUCGCGCGGCGCCCACAUACACCACGCUUGCUCCGUCUGUUGCUACGCAGACAACAAUGGUAACACAGUUUAGCGCUGAAACUGGUCAUGGUCAUGGCAAGAAACCCGCGAAGCCAGUUGGCCGGAAAAAGUUCGAUAACUUUCGUCGUCGUGAAGUCAAACUCGUCCGGCAGAUGGGUGCUUGUUUGCGUUGCCGAAUGUUGAAAAAACCUUGCUCUCCUGGUUCCCCGUGCGAUACUUGCAGACGUGUGGAAAGUGCUCGAGUAUGGAAGCAGCCUUGUGUUCGGACUCGGCUUGCGGAAGAGCUCGACGUGUUUUCUGCUGGCUUGCAUCUGGUCUUAGCACACCAACAGAUCAGCAAUGCCAAGUCCCAAGUCGCCUUCCAGUACUCACAACACCACAUCGAGGCUUCUCACUAUCCAGAAACGACAGUGUAUGCUACCUUCCAUGCCCAAGAGGGUCACCAAGUAAUUGCCCAAGAGAACAUCGAUCCAGGCCUCAGUGGUGACUUCAACGUCAACAGUCUACGAAUUCUGGACAUGGAUAACGACGACCCCCCAAUGAAGCUAGAGGCCUACAUGAAGCGAAUGUCCAACGUCUUCAUCGAGCGCGAACCAUCCCACUUCAUGAACAUCACACUCAACACAGCCCAGAAGCUGGCGAUCGAGAACCAGGACAAGCUCUUGGAUAAGACAGACGGACUUCUGAACAAGACCCUUGAAUUCUGGGCUAUCGUCCAGAUCUUGGUUGAUCACGAACCUCGCUGGGUCAUAUCCGAUCGAAUCAACGUUGACGCGCAACCCGGUCAAGGUCCAAUCGUCAAUUCGACCAGCUACGAUCUUCUUGUCGCGCAGCUCAACGCAGCAGCAGAGAAGAAAGCCGCCAAGAUGUGUACCGACGUUCUCAUGCGUUUGGAGCGUCUUCUAUUGCAGAAAAUCAGCUCAUUCGAGGUUUUCCUCAUUGCAAUCAUCAUCCUCAACUGCGUCGAGAAGUCAACCUGGCUGUUCAAGUCCUGGGAGCAAGUAUCCUUCCGCUCGCGCUGGCCUCUGGACAAGCCUCCCAAAUGGUUCGCAGACCAGGGUGAGAAGUUCACGGAGACACUGCAGAUGUUGUUGAGGAUGCGAGAGGUUGUUCCGAAGACAUACCAGACGCCGGAGGGGACUAUUGCCACGAAUAAGGACCAAGUGUCGAGGGACUACUUCGAGACGCUACGCCUUGAUCAUCGCGAUGUCUUGGACAAGCAAGCCAAUCACCAAUUUGACCCAGCCAAUUCCCGCUGCUACGAACUCCGCUUCUGCUCUCGCAUUCUGCUUCCUACUCCCGCUUGA